UGUUGUCUUUACAUUGGAUAGACUAUUACUGUAAGGGACUAAGACGAGGUGCAAAUUAUAAACAGACGUGUCCGAUUUGGCAGCGGAUGGAUUUAAUUUCAGAGAAUCGCUGAGGGUGGCUUAAUCUGAUCUGACGUGAAGACCUCAAUAAAGCGAUGCCUGUGAUUCCACCAGCUGCUGCUCUAUGCUGUGCAGAAAGAGACUCAUAAUACAGGAAGUUCUGCUCCUUAAAUAACAACAACACACCAACGACUAGCAUGCUGCCUCCACACAGAGCAGGUGCCCUGCCGGAGCCCUCUCCCAGCCCGAGGAGGAUCCAGGUUCAAUGGGCCUUGUACCUCUCCCUCUCCCUGGCCCUCCUCUGGUUCCCUUCUGGGACGGUAGCCUCAAGCCUCAACUGCCACAAGACCUGCAUCUGUGCCAGUAACAUCGUGAGCUGUUCCAAGAUGAACCUGACCACGGUGCCCACUGGCCUGCCUCCCUACACGGCCGUCCUGGACCUCAGCCACAACCACAUCGCCCGGCUGAGGGCUGAGUGGACCACGGUGAAACUCACCAAGCUCCGCAACCUCCUGCUCAGUCACAACGGCCUCCAAUUCCUCUCCUCCGAGGCUUUCCUUUACGUCAAACACCUGCGCUACCUGGACCUGUCCUCCAACGACAUGCGACAGCUCGACGAGUUCAUAUUCGAACCGUUGGGGCAGCUGGAGGUGCUGUUGCUGUACAACAACCGUAUAUCUCAGAUUGACCUCUCAGCCUUCCAGGGUCUCCACAGACUGCAGAAACUCUACCUGUCCCAGAACAUGAUCUCACGCUUCCCCCUGGAACUGAUUAAAGAGAAGACCCGCCUGGAGAAACUCAGCCUGGUGGACCUCUCCUCCAACAGGAUCAAG